AUGACUGGUAUGGGUGAUGACAUGUCUACAGUGGCAUCCAAAGUGGACUGCUACAUGCUAGAGCGAUACACUCAUGAAUAUUACCUUUCUCCUGUACUUAGUUUCUUAGUUCCAUCUUCAACUUCGUCUGUUCUUUAUGCCCCGCCUGGUAAGAUUGGUUUCUAUCUUCGACAUCUUCUGAUAUCCUAUUUUGUCGGUGAUAUCCCUCCCAAGUCCAUUGUAGUGGAUGAUGUGGUUCCUGACCGAGAUGUGGACCAAAUGACUUCGACGCUCGAGUCACCCAUUACUUUUCCUGGAUUUGGGCCAAAUUCUUUCUCUAUCGAUAAACUUUUGGACAUAUCUUGUCCUGUGAUUGGCUCUGUACAAGUCGAUUCUUCUACCUCCGUAGGAGUUGUGCCACCGGGAAGUGUCUCUUCUAGUGGGUGUCCUUAUUGUGUGUUGUAUGAGGAAGAUUUGGAGGAAGCAUGUUGGUUUAUAGCUCGUGCUGAAAAAAUUAUCUCUGCCACACUUAGGCGAGAUCUCAAGUUUUUUGACGGGUUGCUAACCUUGCAAGACUGGUUUCUAGAUGCGGAGAUGAAUUUACGUGUUGCCGAGGGUAUGAAGCUUGCAAGCAAGGAAAUGCUGGUGAAGGCCGGAGAGAUGUAUGUCGACCUGUCAAUACGUCACUGGGAUGCUAUGGCCAAGGUUGCUUCACUAGAAAAUCAGGGAACGCUUGUCCAGGCGAAGUAUGAAGCUUGUCUUUAG